UGCUGGAUAAACACCCGAUAAGAAACUACAUGGAACAAGUCAGCGGCGGACCACUGUCUCAUUUUGUGCUAGAAGAUCCGUUAUGACUGGCCUAUAGACGCCAGUGUUUUACACCGCGGGCUUUAUUAUUGUGGAUAUAUUUGAUUCAGGCAUCGUAAAAGCAGCAGUUUGAAGCCUCUGCAUCAGUGCCAUGAAUCAGCCUGGACAACAGCUGCUCCCCACAUAGAGGUCACUUUGCCUCUCUUUCCAUUUGUUUCCGUCCAGAGGAUGCUGGGAAUGUGUCGUGGGCGCAGGAAGUUCCUGGCGGCCUCUCUCGCCCUACUCUUCAUCCCAGCACUCACCUGGCUUUACCUGUCAGUCGGGAGCUUUCAAGUGAAGCCCCUCCCCCUAUCUCCAUUGGAAGCCCAAUCGUUCACGGCAGUGGGCGGAGCUAGCGAGCGGCAGGCCUUAGAGCUGCGGGUCAGGGCAGUGGAGGAAGAGAACCGGGCACUGCGCCAGGAGCUGAGCCGGCCACCCAGGAGCCCGUCUGCACGUCUUCCAAAUGGAAGUCACCACGGCAACCAAAGCCGAACCCAUUCAGAGGAGGGCACUGGAGACAAUGAGGGCCAGAAAGCUGCAGCAGUGGGAAACAGCUCAGACUGUGUGCAGCAACCAGUGGUGGAUAAGUGUGAGACCAUCCACGUGGCCAUCGUAUGUGCAGGUUACAACGCCAGUCGAGAUGUGGUGACUCUGGUUAAAUCUGUCCUUUUCCACAGGCGGAACCCACUACAUUUCCAUUUCAUCACAGACUCCAUUGCUCAGCAGAUCCUGUCCUCUCUGUUCCAUACCUGGAUGGUCCCUGCCGUCAGGGUCAACUUCUAUGAUGCAGAUGAGCUGAAGUCUGAGGUGUCAUGGAUCCCCAACAAACAUUACUCUGGAAUCUACGGCCUGAUGAAGCUGGUGCUUACUAAGACGUUGCCAUCCGACCUGCAGAGAGUAAUCGUCUUGGAUACAGACAUCACAUUUGCCACUGACAUUGCUGAACUCUGGGCUGUCUUCCACAAGUUCAAAGGUCAACAGGUUCUUGGUCUGGUGGAGAACCAGAGUGACUGGUACCUUGGGAACCUGUGGAAGAACCAUCGACCCUGGCCAGCUCUGGGCAGAGGCUUCAACACUGGGGUGAUUUUGCUUCUCCUGGAUCGUCUGCGGAAGCUGAGAUGGGAGCAGAUGUGGAGGCUCACUGCAGAGAGAGAGCUAAUGAGCAUGCUGUCCACCUCCCUGGCAGACCAGGACAUCUUCAAUGCUGUAAUCAAACAAAACCCGUUCCUGGUUCACCAACUGCCCUGCUUCUGGAACGUCCAGCUGUCUGACCACACCCGCUCUGAGAAAUGCUACAAAGACGUGUCAGACCUCAAGGUAAUCCACUGGAAUUCUCCCAAGAAGCUGCGAGUGAAGAACAAGCAUGUAGAGUUUUUUCGGAACCUCUAUCUAACCUUUCUGGAGUAUGACGGCAACCUGCUGCGGCGAGAGCUGUUUGGCUGUCCCAGUGAGGCUGACCACAACAGCGAGAACCUUCAGAAGACUCUGUCGGAGCUAGAUGAAGAUGACCCUUGCUACGAGUUUCGUCGAGAACGAUUCACUGUCCAUCGAACGCACCUCUACUUCCUCCACUAUGAGUACGAGUCCAGCUCCGACAACACUGAUGUCACACUAGUCGCCCAGCUCUCUAUGGACAGGCUCCAGAUGUUGGAGGCCAUUUGUAAGCACUGGGAAGGCCCCAUUAGCCUUGCCCUUUACCUUUCCGAUGCUGAGGCUCAGCAGUUCUUGCGCUAUGCUCAGGGCUCUGAGGUACUGAUGAGCCGUGGGAACGUCGGUUAUCACAUCGUCUACAAAGAAGGACAGUUCUACCCAGUCAACCUGUUGCGCAAUGUGGCAAUGCGGCAGGUCAACACGCCUUACAUGUUCCUAUCAGACAUCGACUUCUUGCCCAUGUACGGCCUGUAUGAGUACCUCAGGAAGUCAGUGCUGCAGUUGGACAUGGCCAAUACCAAGAAAGCUCUGGUGGUUCCAGCCUUUGAGACACUGCGAUAUCGUCUUUCUUACCCAAAGUCCAAGGCUGAGCUGCUCUCUCAGCUGGACAUGGGCACACUCUUCACCUUCAGGUACCAUGUGUGGACUAAAGGCCACGCACCAACUAACUUUGCCAAAUGGCGAACAGCCACCACACCCUACAGGGUGCAGUGGGAAGCUGACUUUGAGCCCUAUGUCAUGGUGAGGAGGGACAGUCCUGAGUAUGACCGCCGCUUUGUGGGCUUUGGCUGGAACAAGGUGGCUCACAUCAUGGAGCUGGAUGCACAGGAGUACGAGUUUGUGGUUCUGCCUAACGCCUACAUGAUCCACAUGCCUCAUGCACCUAGCUUCGACAUCACCAAGUUUCGCUCCAACAAGCAAUACCGGGUCUGCCUCAAGACCCUGAAGGAGGAGUUCCAACAGAACAUGUCGCGGCGGUACGGCUUUGCCGCCCUAAAAUACAUGACGGCUGAGAACAACAGCUAGCCACGACUGCUGAUAGUUAGACCCCUGGCACUGAACUACUGAAUUGGGGGUUUGGGGGGGAGGAGGGGGUGGGGGUUUUGGGGGGUGGGGGGGGGGUAGCAAUACCACAAUAUACAGUAUAUGAGACUUGAGUCCCUCAGACUUUGUUAGAACAUUUGACCCUCAGUGUGGGACUGCAAGGGUAUCUUUGUCCAUUCUUUGUCCUCUGCUGUGGAUGAAAGAAGUUAUCCAGGAGGAGUUAUUCAUUUCUGCCAGGAUAUAAAAGCUGUAAAAGAAGACAUGAGUGACUGCUUCAUCCUGGCCCGACUGUGGGGCGAUGAGCUCCGGCCCUGAAAUCUCACAGACAGCUGGCAAAGAAAGCAAACAUUGAAUGCCUUGCCAUAUUUGUAAGGCCAGUGACAGUGAGUUGUGUGUGUGUGUAACAUUAUGUGUGUGUGUGCGUGUGUGCGUGUGCGUGUGUGUGUGUGUAUGUGUUGGUCCAGAACGGAGUUAAGAAAACAACUUAAGGAGAGCUGAAAAUGUGAAAGUGUUGUGGACUUAAAUUCUGUUUGCACACCUUCCAAGUGCCAUCAAAAAGCAGCAGCAGUCUGACUCAACACCCGACUCAAAUCCUAAUCCUCACCAGGCAGUGAAAUAAGACAAAGGUAAACAUAUCCACAUAGAUUUUGAAAGUCUCGUUUGUGACGAGUGACACACACUCAGAUAUUAAGGCUAAUAGCAGAGCAGCUGACCAUCUGCUGCUGCUUAAUUUGUUCCAUAGCUGAUGCAGAUCAGAACAUUUUACUCCUCUUAUGAUGAGGGAAGUAAGUGCAAAGAUGUGCUUGAUAUUCAGGGUAUGUCCACAUCAGCCUGAGCGUGCUGCUAGACAUUGUUUGCAGUGUUUUGUUAUGACUGGAGAAUCUGAAAGCAGCUGGUGCAGUGUGCUUUUAAUUGAUGCCAGUGCGGUCUGUACAAACACCUGCUGGAAGUCCUGUCAGUCUGUGAAGCUGCCACUUCACCACAACGAGCAACACAAGGCAAAGCACCAAUCACUGAGCUUACUGUUUACUUUUCCUACCAACAAUUAGUAUUAUUUAUCAUUGUGUUUAUAGCUCUGAUGGAUGGAGUAAGGAGGGGUAGUUCCAGUAGAGCACAGAGUUUAAACUCUGUAAAAUUAACCACUUGCAUUCAGGAGAGACACUCUUUCUCUCCCUCUUUUUCCUCACUCUGGUCUCUAGGUUGAUGACAUUGUACUGGCAUCCAAUAAGUCUGCAGUGGUGAGUGUUCUCCUGUUUGUGUCGUCACACACUGUCAGGCUGGGUGUGGUGAUCCUGAUGUGGGUUUAUUAUGGAUAUUCUGUUCAGCUGAAUAGUGCUGUAGCACCUAGUUAUAGUUAUAAGCUCUUAACCUGUCAGUUCUGGGAUUCAGACCGGCAACCCUCCACACUGUAAGAAAAGAUAAACAAUAGCUCCGCAAUAAAAUUGAUUGCACGCAAUAUUAUUAAUUAAAUCUAACUAAGUUACAAGUUGAGCAAAUUACAAAAACGGACUAAUUCUAUUGUGUUGCAUUCAUUCAAAAUUCUCUUCAUUUAGAAUUACAUACACAUACAUUUUUAAAUUUAA